UUCGAGCGAGUGAAAGCUCUCAGGGGAAGAAGCAAUCACAAUCUCGGAGAAGAAAUGGCGGCCAAAACCCUAAUCAGGUCGGGAGCUUCGCUGAUGAAUCGCUUCCUCUCGAAGCCGACGACGAAUCUCCUACAGAACAAUCUCAGAUCGAUUCAGCAGAUAGCUCCUCAGGGACCAGAACUCCCGCCUUAUUUCCCCCCGUCGUUUUCGAAUCUACAGAGCUCGCUCCAUUCCCCUCGUAACGAUACUGUUACGCUUAAGGAGCUCACGGAACGUGGGUUUCUCCACCCAUCUGGUCUCCCUUCCCUCGAGUUCUUCUUACCAGAAGUUGAUCCUUCGAGUGAGCCAUUGCUUUUAUUCCCCAAGAGGACAUUCCAACCUAGCACCAUCAGGCGCAAACGUAACCAUGGAUUCUUUGCUCGGAAAGCAACCAAAGGUGGACGGAGGGUCAUUGCUCGGAGAAUAGCUAAAGGGCGUCACAGAGUCACCGCCUAGAAUCUCCGGUUAUCUAAUAGGCCGGUUAAGUCCCUUCUUCUUGUGUUCUUUCAGGCUAGAAAAAUCUAAAACUUCGAUCUCAUAAAUAACUCGGAUGUAUUAAGAUCCAUGUUUUGAUGUGUUGUUGAAUCUUGGAGUCGAGUUAUAAAUUUUAAAGAUCUUCUUGUUUUGGUCAUUAACCUUUAAACUCUUUUUAGUGGAUAGUUUAUUAUCCAAGGAAUCUUUUUAUUCA